AUGCGCGCGGUGUUGGUGUUGUGGUUGGUGUUGGAGUGCUCGAGAGGGGUGCGCGCGGCGCGCAGCGCGCGACAGGCACCCUCUGCACGCUACACGUUUUAUCGCAGUAUGGGCCCCCCUCGCGGCUGGGGCUCGCCCACUACAGGAGAGACGAGGCGCGUUUUUGGCGGCCAGUCGGCUGAGCUUGCCACGUACCCACCCACGUGCGUGCUGCUGGACCGGUAUUGGACGGCGCGUUGUUCGGGCGCGGUGGUCUCGCCGCGCUGGGCGCUGACGGCCGCCCAUUGCGUGUCGCCACACAUCGCCUACGUGAAGUAUAACUCUCGCCACCCCACCUCACCCGAGGGCGACGUAGCCACCGUGCACUACCUGUACCGCCACCCUGGCUACAAGGUGGUGCAAGAGGAUGAGGGUCGCGGCAUCGAUGUGACGCUGCUGAACCACGACGUUGGAUUAGUGCGCACGCGUCGCGACAUGGUGCUCGCCAAGGAGCCAGUGCUAGAGCCACUCCGUGCCAUGCGCCUCUACAACCCCGUGGAUCUUAAGCAAGAGGAUGUGGAGGUUCUGGGCUUCGGACGCACGGAGCGAUCGAGCCUAGGGGAGGAACUGUUCUCGGUGCGACUGCGAAUGGUGCCGUGCGACCGCGCGUCGUGGUUUCACUGCAUGUGCGCCAUCGCACAGACAACGGCACCGGGUCCUCGAUCUGCGCGCGGAGUCUGCUCGGGCGACUCGGGCGGCCCCGUGCUCUAUCACGGCGCGCAGAUCGGCGUCACCUCCAUGGGUCCGACUGAGUGCUCGGCGGAACGCAUCGACCCGCCGGAGGGCGCCACCAGCGUGUUCACAGCUCUCUACAACUACGCGGACCUGGUGAAUGCCACUAUUGCCGACACGGAGGCGGCGCUACGCAUGCAACGCAUCAACACUGCAUCGUGUAUUACUGUUUCCCACAACGUUGUGCUGUUGAUGCCGCUGGCAGUGCUGGUGUUGCCAGUUCGGUGA